GUACAGACAGACGUGCAGUUAUCAAUUAAAGUUUCGGGUUUAUAGAUUUUACCAGCUCAAUUCGUCUUGUUUGGAUUUCGUACGGAUCAGUUCCUGUCGAAUUAUAGGACUGCUAGAAAUCGUAUGAACCUACGAAUCUAUGAUUGUUGUCGUUGGACUAGUUCUCAGCCUUCUGUAGUCCGGUUUUUAGGCUGUUGAAUCCAACACCAGAAAGCUUCUGGAAUGUCGCGAACCAGUAAUCCAGGAUUUCUUAUUUCAUGGGCGCACCAGAAAACCUCGGAAAGCAGCUCAUCAAACUGAAUUGUCUCCUUUCUGACUUCGCUAGGUCCCGCCAAUACUACUGUGCUCUCAACCUCUUUCACCAUAUCCACUCCUCCCACCACCUCAGACCCGACCAUUACACUCUCUCCACCGCCCUCACUGCCUGUGCAAACAGCCAAGACACCAUCUUGGGCUCCCAAAUCCACGCCUUUGGCUUUCGGUCCGGGUUAAGAACUUUUUCCCAUGUUUCAAAUGCUCUACUCUCCUUCUAUGCCAAGACCCAAGAUUUGUGUUGUGUUAAAAGGCUUUUCUACGAAAUUGGCUAUCCAGAUGUUUAUUCGUGGACUACAUUGCUGUCUGCCUGCACGAAACUUGGCGAAGUGGAGUAUGCAUUCCAGGUGUUUGAUCAGAUGCUGCAUAGAGAUGUUGCUGUGUGGAAUGCCAUUAUUACAGGCUGUGCAGAGAGCGGCUAUGACGAGGUUGCGUUCAAUUUGUUCAAAAAAAUGCACUCUUUGGGCGUUUUACACGAUAAUUACACUUUUGCCAGUGUCUUGAGUCUUUGCUCUUUGGAGCUAUGGAGGUUUGGCAGGCAAAUUCAUUCAAUGGUGGUUAAGACUGGGUUUCUUGUUAGAACCUCUGUUAUCAACGCUUUGCUGACAAUGUAUUAUAACUUCAAAUCUGUUUCAGAUGCUUUCAGAGUUUUUGAAGAUGCAGAGGAUGGAGUCGUUGAUCAUAUAACUUACAAUGCAAUGAUUGCUGGGCUAGUAAGCCUGGAAAGAAAUGAGGAUGCUCUCGUUAUGUUCAAGCAUAUGCAAGACAUCAGUCUGAUGCCAACCGGGUUGACUUUUGUCAGUUUAAUGGGUUCAUGUUCCGAUGCAAAAAUUGCUGCUCAAAUUCAUUCACUCGUAGUAAAACACGGUUUACAAGAUUGCACUUCUGUGAGUAAUGCUGCCAUAACAAUGUAUUCCCAUUGUAAUGACUUUAAAGCCAUUCUUUUAGUUUUUGAUAGAAUAAAGGAGAGGGAUGUUGUGUCGUGGAAUUCCAUCAUAGCAUACUAUGCCCAACAAGAUAAUAUGUUUGGAGAAGCAAUCUUGGCAUACCUUGCAAUGCAGAGAGAACAGGUUUUUCCUGAUCAAUUCACUUUAGGGAGCUUGUUAUCAAAUUCACAUUCAGUAAUUGAUGUCGAGAUGAUUCUAUCCAUCGCAAUUAAGAGUGGGCUUAUCUUGAAAAUUGAAGUUUCAAAUUCAUUGAUUUCUUCCCUUUCUAUGUUUGGCGAAAUAGAGCGAGCCUACAGGUUUUUCCGUGACAACAUGUUGUCAAAAAACUUGGUCACGUGGAACGCAAUAAUUUCUGGUUGUCAAUCAAAUGGAUUACCUGUGCAGGGCUUAAACCUCUUCAGUGAGCUUAUGGGGAUAGGUUUGACGCCCAAUGCUUCCACUCUCAGCAUAGUCUUGAGUUUAUGUGCAACUAUACCUUCUCUCCCACACGGAAAACAGAUUCAUGGAUAUAUUCUUAAAUUUGGGUUAUUUUUUGAAUAUUCUUCUUUGGGAAACACUCUAAUUGCUCUCUACUCGAAGUGUGGGGUUUUACAUUGGUCCGUGAGGGUGUUCCAGAUUAUGACUGUAAGGCAAAGGCAACAGGUUCUAAGAGAUGUUGUUACGUGGAAUUCAAUGAUAUCUGCAUAUGCACAACAUGGGAAAGGAAGGGAAGCUGUUCGUUGUUUUGAAAUGAUGACGGAUUCAGGCGGGAUAGAACCAGACAAGGCGACUUUUACUGGAGUUCUAUCAGCUUGUAGUCAUGCAGGUUUGGUUAAAGAUGGGAUACAAAUGUUUAACUCGAUGGUAAAUACUUAUGAUAUUAAGCCUGGAGUGGAGCACUUCUCUUGCAUUGUCGAUAUUCUUAGCCGUGCUGGAUAUCUUGACGAGGCGGAAAAGAUGGUAAAGGAGAAAAAAGUUGUUGAGAUAGAAGAAUCCACUGUGUGGUGGGGGUUGUUCAGUUCAUGCGCUGCACAUGGUAAUGCGAGAUUAGGAAGAAUUGUUGCUGGAAUUCUGCUGGAGACGGAAAAGGAUAACCCGGCAGUUUAUGUGAUGUUGUCAAAUAUUUAUGCUGAUGCGGGGAAAUGGGAAGAAUCAGCUAGUGUUAGGGAAUUAAUGCAGAGAUAUAGGGUUGUAAAGCAACCUGGUAGUAGUUGGAUUAGAUCAUCAUAGCUUCAUACACUGUAAAGCAUACUGGAUUAGGGUCAAGCACUACAAAAAUACUCCGGGAUUCGCACGGAAUUUGGUAUGGAUUUAUCGAUUUUUCGUGCCAAAUAGCUCGUGCCAAAGUGUUUUUGGCAUAGAUUUGGCAUAUCCCUGCCAAAAUCCCUAUCAAAUCCCUGCCAAUGACAUGUUUUUUGUAGUGAAAAUUGCACUAUAAUUUUAUGGGGAAAGUUAUAAAAAUACUCCAAACUUUGAAGGAGUAUGAGAUAAACACCCCAAACUUGCAUAUAUAAUUUAAAUACCUUAAACUUUAUAUAAAAAAUUAUUUUCUAACCAUUAUCAUGUAAUAUUUCUUUCAAAAAUGUAAUUUUAUGGGGUUAAUUGCAUAAUUUAAAAUAGGAAAAUUUAAAGUGUUGCAAUUUUAUAAAUUGAGAGUAACAUUAUUUAUUUCGCAAUGGAAGUUUAGAAUGUUAAUUGUGUCUUCAUGAAUUCUAAAAUAUUUUAAAUUAUGCAAUUAACACGUACCAUAAAUUUACAUUUUAGAAAUAAAUAAUACUUGACUAUGGUGCUAAAAUAACUUUUUAUAUAAAACUUAGGGUAUUUAAAUUACAUAUGCAAGUUUAGGGUGUUAUCUCACACACCUUUUAAAGUUUGAGGUAUUUUAAUUAUUUUCCCCUAAUUUUAUCAUAUAGUUAACCACAAAGAAUUAUUAAUCCAAC